AUGGGUACCGGCCAACGAAGGGAAAGGGGGAGCUGUGACGUCGGAAACGAAAAAAACAGAGGGAUAGAAAGGGGCGAGAGGGACGCCGAGAAAAAGAUGUGCAGCAGGAGCGAGCCUGGUUUCCUUAUACGGCGGCAUCAUGAUCGGCCCCAUAUGCAAAUGGCCCCGGCCUCGGGAACGCAAGAGUGUGCCAAGUGCCUACCAAGCGAGUAUCAGCCUAGGACAGAAGCAGAUACAGUCGCUGCUCUUACUUUUGCUGUCAGCCAUCUUGACGUUGGUCUUGGCCUUUGUGGUUGUCAGGGGGAGAUUUUGAUAAUGGAGCACGUGGAGAUGGACGUGGAGUCCAACAGUGUGUUUUGA